AUGUCUCAAUCAAAUCACUGGACAACACAUUUAACCCAAUUUUCUGAUCCAUCGCUGUUGUCGUUGACUUUACAAACAUUUGACCGAUCAUUUCGUGCUUAUCAUCCCGACCUCAAGCUAUGGCUCCGAUAUCAUUGGCAUUACUCUGUCUAUAUAUGUAUGGUCUAUAUCGGUGUUAUUAAAGUGUUACACAAUUAUAUGAGAAGACGACACCAACAACCGUAUACACUUAGACUACCAUUAUUUCUAUGGAAUCUAUUUUUGGCACUAUUCUCUUUAAGCACCUGUAUCCAAUGCAUACCUGAGCUUAUUGAUAUUGUAGUCAAUAGGGGUUUUAUUGCAUCGUAUUGUGAUUCAUCCUAUGAAAAGGAUAUACGUGUAGUAUUUUUCUACUGGAUGUUUGUCAUGUCCAAGGUCUGGGAGUUGGGCGACACUGUAUUUAUUAUACUCCGUAAACAGCCACUGAUGCCACUCCAUUGGCUACACCAUUGUCUGACACUGUGCUACUCGUGGUUUAUCUAUGCAGACGUACCGUCCACUUCACGAUGGAUGGUCUGUAUGAAUGCCACGGUUCACACAGUUAUGUACGGCUAUUAUGCAUUGAAAGCCGUUCGGCUACCAGUGCACCAGUCAAUUGCCAAAACAAUAACGACUCUGCAAAUCGUACAGAUGUUUAUCGGUUUCUAUAUUAACAUAACGGCACUGGUAUUUAAAUUAACCGAUUUGUCGCCACAAUGUGAGGUAACCCUACCGGUAAUAACGACCGGUGCAGCCAUGUAUACAUUAUAA